AGCAUGCAAACUUGGACGUCCACAGUAACAACGUUUCCCCUCUGUGAAGCUGAUCCCUAUGGAUAAUUCAAUGAGUCAGUUCGCGGAGGAAAACUACAGUGAGCUGAUGAACUUUUCCGAAUACGGGUGUGAUUAUGCUGACUGGGAGCACUCGAACUCGGUGGUCCCUGUCCUCUACAUGCUGGUCUUCGUCUUCGGACUGUCCGGGAACGGAGUGGUUAUCUGCAUAGUGUGGAGGUCCCGCAGCAAGAGGAGGUCUGCAGACACCUACAUCGGGAACCUGGCCUUGGCUGACCUGGCCUUUGUCAUCACCUUACCCCUGUGGGCAGUGUACGCUGCCCUGGACUAUCACUGGCCUUUCGGCUGGCUCCUCUGUAAACUCAGCAGUUACCUGGUGAUGGUCAACAUGUACGCCAGCGUCUUCUGCCUGACCUGCCUCAGCUUUGACCGCUACCUGGCCAUAGUCCACUCGCUGUCCAGCAACAAGCUGCGCUCCAAGAGGACCACCCUCCUCUCGUUAGCCCUCAUCUGGACAGUGGCCGGAGUCCUGGCUUCCCCGGCGUUAAUCCUGCGGCGGACGCAGGAAAAAGAGAACCAGACGCUGUGUGCCAUGGACUACACUUUGGUGGCGAAUGAGGCCAGUGAGCAUUUGUGGGUCGGGGGUCUCAGCCUGUUCGCCAGCUCCGUGGGCUUUCUGCUGCCUUUCCUGCUGAUGUCCGGCUUCUACCUCGCCAUUGGCAACACAGUCAACAGGCACUUCCACAACGUCAAGAAGGAAGAGCAGAAGAAAAAACGCCUCCUGAAGAUCAUCACGGCCCUGGUACUGGUCUUCGCUAUCUGCUGGCUCCCUUUCCACAUCAUUAAGACCGUCGAUGCGAUCAUCUGGCUGGAUCUCAUCAAGAUCCCGUGCUCCGUCGAUGAGUUCUUUAUCUCGGCUCAUCCGUACGCCACAUGUGUGGCUUACAUUAACAGCUGCCUCAACCCCUUCCUCUACGCCUUCUUUGACCAGCGGUUUCGCUCAGAGUGCCUCUGCGUGCUGCGCUGUUCCCGGCUCAAGAAAGCUCUGCACGCCCCGAUCACAUCCAUCUCCUCCAGCAUGAGCAACCCCACCAAAUCCGAGGCACCCUCCUCCGCCACCAAAGUCUAAAAAGCUGGCGGCGAGGGAGGGGGAGAAAGAGACCCAGAGAGAGAGAGAGAGAGACAGAGCCAAUAACCCUAAGUCCUCUCCGCCUGUCUGCGAACGAACCCAAAUAGCCCUCAGCCCAAUGCCAGGCAGACGAACUGUUGAACGGGAGCAGCGUCCCCGGCCCCAGGCUGGGUCCUUGCUCCUGACCGGACUGUCCGGGCUGAGGAGCCCAGCUCUGUCUCAGGGACCGGCGGAGAUUCUCCCGUUUACCCCGCCUUGGGAAAUCGAGCGCCGGGAGAGAUUAGCUGGAGUUGCUUAUUUUGUUUUCUUUUUAAAAUAGAUUCUAACAUCUGGGUUGUGAGAGGAACUCCGAUCCAGAGGCAGAAGCCGGUUUCUUCUGUCCUCUUAUUUCAUUCAUCCGAGCAGUGUUUUAUUUUUCACUCCCGCUCUUCACCCUCACGGUCUUCUUUCUCAUUCUCUCUGUGUCUCGUGGUCCUCGCAUUUCUUCCGAUUAUUCCUCCCUCUCCUUCGCCCCCUGCUCUCCAGUCUGUUCUCAUUGAAUCCAAGGCAGGCCGCCCCUCGCUGUGACCUGCUCGAAGGGACGAGGCGCCUUUUCAGAGUCUGAGUUGUGCCGCUUUCCUCCGAUGUUUUCCUGCAGUUCCCAGAGCGGCUGCGUCGGGCUCGUUCUCUGGCUUUACCCGGGAACACACCCGAGUGAGCGGUCCACACCAGGUCAAUACACCAGGACAGAGACCCGGCAAGAUUCAGAGAGAGUUAGUGGGCACCUUAUUCGUUUUACUGAGGGACCGAAUAUUGUAGAUAAAUAUGUACAUUUACUGCUUCUGGCGCCACGCUUGCUUGUGUUGCAACACUGGAUAGGAGAGCUAAAAUUUAUAUUCUAAACAUAACCUGCUUUUUUAAUUAAUUAAACCUAUAUUUGUACAAUUGUAGCGGAAAUAAUAAACCUCAAUGUACCCUGUAUUUACUUUUUAAAAUUCCUUUGUGGUAAAUCAGGGAUUCAAAUAUUAAAGGAAGCAAAAUGAACAUCUGGCAUCUACUGUUAGUCAGCAUUACUUUAAAAGAAACUGUUAGGGAUAUUUUUUCGCUCUUCCGUAAAAUACUAUUCUUAAAUGUUCAGGUAACUUUGCUGUAAGUCCAGCCUUUGACGUUCUGUCUACAGAGCCGGUUCCAGUGUGUGAAACAAUCACGGGGAGUUCCUGAUUUAAUUUAACACGUGGUCGUGUUAUCUCGGCACCAAUUAACAGGGAAAGUCAACGCAUUGUGAAGGUUCAAACUGUUUUUAAAAAAUAAGCCCAAUAUACCACUUUUAACAUCAAAUUCUGGACUAUAUGGAGGUAACAGUCUGCAGUCCGAAAGUGUGCAGCGUUUAACCUGUUGAAGGAGGGUUGCUAUGUCGCUACAAUCCAGAAUACAGGUAUCACAAUGGACCGUGCCCACAUUCAGAACCACAUUCUGUCUUUUUUUAAUUUUAAAAAUUCACUUUAUUCAUAAAAUUAUUUGGAUCUCUAUACAAUUGGUCAUGCUAUUCUUGUGCACACAUUACAUUUCAGACAUCAAAUUUAUUUUUCCUAUAUAUAAGUCUGCACAUUUAUUAUCCAGCUCUUCUGCUGAGGAGUCAGCGGAAUUCUGUCGCUAUCUUGUAUAACCUAACAGGGAAAUCAUAAGCACCAGACAUGUGACGUUUAGGGUGUUUCUGUUGUUGCUCUCCCAAACCCCACCUCCUAACCCACCCACUUGAUACUUUCAGAAUGCCAGACCUAACCAAGAAACUGCUCCAUGGUUACCUGAGAGCCUGCAGUACACCGAUUCUUCAAGUGAUCUGAAAUAAAAACAGAAAUGCUAGAACUGUAAGAUUAAUAGAAUAAGAAAGAGGGUUGGCUAAUAUUUUGGGUAGCAACUUCAUUAGAGACAGGGAAAGAAAACCAGUCCCUUUGUUGCCUCCAAGACUGAAAAAAAACUGAAUAGAAAUCAGUAAUCAAAUAUACUCACUUAUGACAAAGGCACUCAUUUGUUUCCAAGUUAUUCAUAUUGAAGGUAAUAAGGACUGCAAAUACUGGAAAAUCAGAACAGAUAAAAUGUAGAGCUGGAAAAAGCAUAGCAGGUCAAGCAGCAUCAGAGGAGCAGGAGAGUUGAUGUUUCGGGGAGGACCGUUCAUCAGGGCUGGGGUGGGGUAAGGGAGCUGAGAAAUGAUUGGGGGGAAAGGUAACUGGGUUGAUGAUAGGUGGAUACAGGUAGUUGAUUGAGAUUGGACAGUGGGAAAGGUGGAACGGAUAGGCGGGAGGGGAAGAUAGACAGGUAGGACAGAUCAAGGGACAGGGUGGAGAGGGAGGGCUGGACAAGGGAUGAGGUGGGGGGAUUUGGAAACUGUUGGGGCCAUAAGGUUAUAAGCUCCAGAGGCAUAAGAUGAGGUGUUCUUCCUUCAGUUUGUGCCUUGGGAAUUGAUUCCCAUUCACCGAUGAACUCAUGAAACUCAAACAGCUUUUUAGGGUCUUAUUACAAUAGAUCACAAGAUCAGUCAUUGUCAUAAGCCAACCUACCACAUUUCUCAUAAAUUCCAAGCAGCAUUAACUAUUGCCAAUUUGCACACAAAGCUUCCUAGUUUUAGGUAAAUUAGUAUCUCCCUGGGAGGAGAGAACGUAUUCUCCAUAUUAGGCAAUUAGAAACUUUACCCAUGUAAGAGGGAGUAACUUGGCUUGGAGACUAUUUAACAAUUGCAACUGUUUAAUAAUUUCUGUUUAUAUCAAACCAUCAGCUAACCAAAAAGAAAUGAACUGUUAAUUGUUCAUUUGGAAGUCAAUACACUGCUACAGAUAAGAUCUACUAAAGGUUUUUUUUUAAAAAGUAUUCUUUGGCCCCUCUUGUUUUGAGAGGUUAACCUAUUAUUUUGUGAAUGCUUUUGGAGCUUCUGUUGGAUUUUAGCAUUGCUGUAGGGAAUAACUGAAAUAUCUUUGGGUCAAAUAUAUCUGAGUACACUGUGAGAAUUUUUGGAUUGUUAAAGGUUGAAAGCAAAUUGUUUAUAAAUUGGUGCAUUAAUUUGUAAUAAGCACCAGUUAGACACUGGACAUUGUAAACAUUAUUUGCCUUAACUGAGGUGGCUGUACAACCUUCAUCCAUUUUGUAUGCUUUAUUUGAAUUGUUUGAGCUACUGUAUCACUGUCUGACUGUGGACCAGUUUGACAUGCUAUAUCAUUACUACCGUAUCAGUCUAUAUUGUUAUUGUGCUACUGUUUAAUGUGAAUGUGCUUCUGGCAAAAUCCUUUUUGUAAAAGUGUCCAAUUGGACAGUAAAGACAUGAAAUAUA